AUUUCUUAUCCACAGAUUAUCCUUCCGCGAACAUUCAACCGGGUCAAUCGUCCGAGCUCGCAUGGCAGCGUCGUUCUCCUCUGCUACACUCGUCCGGUCCGUCGUCAAUCCCCAGCAAAACCCUUCUAAAACCCUCGUACCCUUUAGAGAAUCCUUUCAUGGAGUGUCGAACUGCGUGAAGUACUCCAGGGAGUUCUCGUGGAGCUCUGCCUCUAGCUAUGUGACUCUGAAGCUCGGCUCCCGCAGAUUUUCUAGCAGACUCAUUGUUCCAAGGAGGUCGUUGCGGAGGACUGGAAUUGUGAGGGCCGCAACUAUUGAAGAAAUAGAAGCUGAGAAGGCCUUCAUUGAGAAAGAUGUUACGAACCGCAUGGAAAGGACUAUUGAAACUAUUCGUUCAAAUUUCAGUUCCAUAAGGACAGGGAGAGCAAACCCUGCUAUGCUUGACAAAAUAGAGGUGGAAUAUUAUGGAACGCCAGUUAGCUUAAAGAGCAUCGCUCAAAUUAGCACUCCAGAUGCCAGUUCUCUUUUGGUACAGCCCUAUGACAAAUCAAGCCUGAAGGCUAUUGAGAAAGCCAUAGUCAACUCUGAUGUGGGCUUGACUCCAAAUAACGAUGGAGAAUUGAUACGAUUGAGUAUUCCACCAUUGACGUCAGAAAGAAGGAAGGAACUAUCAAAAAUAGUGGCUAAACAAGCUGAAGAAGGGAAGGUAGCUCUGAGGAAUAUAAGAAGAGAUGCAUUGAAAGCUUAUGAAAAACUUGAGAAGGAGAAAAAACUCUCAGAAGAUAACGUGAAGGACUUGACAAGUGAUUUACAGAAAUUGAUUGAUGAGUAUAUGAAGAAGAUUGACAGUGUCUACAAACAAAAAGAAAAGGAGUUGCUAACCGUUUGAUGCUUGGGGACAUAAAUGUAAAUGUUUCGUCUGUAAUGAAGGUCAAAUUUUGUCUACUCUUUGUUUGGAGUUGCAUGGUUGGUGCGUAACUUUGUCACACAAGACAGCUUUGAAUGAGCAUCUUGCAUUUUUAUCCCCCCCCCCCCAAAAAAAAAGGGGAAAAAAUGACAGAGAAGAGACGGUGAAUUCAUGCGUAUGAAUGAAUAUGUUGAUUGGUGUGCCUGCAUGUACUUAAACAAUCGUUACACGGACCCUCCAUUUCUCCCAGUGAAUUCUCU